UACACACACUUUUUAUGAUAAUUAUUAAUUUUGCAGGGUGAUUUGAGUCAGCAAGACAAGAGAUGUGUCUUCCUAACCGUUCACGAUUUGGGCACGAACCAUACCUCAAUGGUAGACUUUAUAAAUCACCCCGCUAUGAUGGAGAUCAAGGAGCGAUCCUGCUUCAUACACGUGGACGUUCCCGGACACGAGGAAAAUUCACCAGACCUACCUGAAUCCUACCCAUUCCCAUCUCUCCAAACCCUUGGCGAAGAUCUCAUAACCGUGCUAGACUUCUUGCACGUGAAGUACGCCGUCGGUCUUGGAGAAGGCGCCGGCGCAAAUAUUCUCGCCCGGUGUGGUCUCGCCCACCCUCGCCGUCUCCUCGGCCUCAUCCUCGUCAACUGUACGGGAUCUACUUCUUCCGUAGCUGAUGCCUUCAGGACCAGGUUCUCGCGCUGGAAAGGAACCGACAUCUCUCAGUCAGAAGAGGACUUCCUCAUCUACCACAAGUUCGGACACCAAAUAUCGGAGGCGUCAGAGUGCGGCGAGCGCGAGCGCGAGCGAAUGCUGGCGGAGUUCCGCUCGCGCCUGCGCGGGAACCUCAACACGCACAACAUCAAGCAGUACGUGCGCGCCUUCAUCAAUCGCAAAGACCUGGUCUUAAAAGGAUGUCAGCCGGACAUUCUUCUCAUCACUGGAAUGUUCAGUCCAUACUCAAGCGUCGUGGAGAAGAUGUACAAGGAGCUGGAUAAGGACAAGGUCACCAUAUUGAAGGUGGACCGAGCUGGUGACGUACUGGCUGAAGCUCCGGCGAAAGUUGCACAAUCGUUGCUACUGUUCUGUCAAGGUCAAGGCCUGCUGACGUCCCUACCACCGCCAGGAAUUGAACGUCGAAUGUCUCGCGGCAUGUCCAUGGAGGAGUACGACAAACCAAACAUAAGGAGGCUUUCACUCACCCCGAGCGUUUCAGAAUCGCCACCACCGAGAAAACUGUAGAAUACUCGCUGAUAUAAGAGAUUUGAAGAUAGUUUUAUUUAAUAUAUUUAUUUAAUUUACCUAGAA